AUUAAUUUUAUUAAUUUUAUUUUUAAUGAUAAUUUAGUUAAAUAAUUCAUUUAAGUCGUUAAAUCGAUUAAAUAUUUUGUCACAUCUAAUUUUAAUUUUGAUUAUGAUUGAAAUUAAAUUUAAUUAUAAAAUUAAAUUAAUAUUAAAUCCUUAAAUCUAUUUUAAACCUCACGAUAAAGCGGCAAAAUGCAGAGCAGGGAAAAACCAAAUCCAUCACUAUCUAUAAUUUCUUCCUUCUUAAAACUAUAAAUAAACUCUUAUCAUUCCUAUGUCUAUAAAUUGUGUAAUUCCAAACAUAAGCCGAAUUUCUAGGUUUCCCUUUACUUUAAUUAGCCCUUUUUCGCUGCAAUCUUCAUCAUCAUUUCAUUACAUUCAUCUUUAAUCAUCUUACAAAUUCAUCAUAUCAAAAUUAUUUCAACAAAUCAAAGAAAAGGGAGGAAAUUUGAUAUUAAUUCAUCUUCAAUUCACUUUUUUAGUCAAUUUUCCUCCCUUUGAUCUCAAUAAUGGCGUCCGAAAUGUUGACAUCGGGAGCAAGUGAUCGGGUGCGAGCCUUGAUUUCUCUCGCCGCAUGGAGGAGCUUGCUCAGGAUGAUAAUGGCGGUUUUGUUUGUUAUACUCGGACCUUUUCGAGGUAGAAGUAGGAGAGAUAAAGUUGUAUCUGAAGGUGGUGGUAAUCUUGUUAGGUUGCCUGUAGCUGCGGGUGCGGCUAUGGCGAUCGCGCGUAGAGUUGUUUUGGAUCAAGAGGUUGCGGUUAGGAGAGCUAUGGCUAUUAGACGGGUUAAGGAAGAUAAAGAUGAGAAUUGUUGUAGGGAUUAUUCUCUGUUUGUGACGCCUAAAGGCGUCACUCUCUUUACGCAAUCUUGGUCCCCUCGUUCUUUUUCUAGUAACAUCGUCAGGGGAGUUGUGUUGCUAUUACAUGGCCUAAAUGAACACAGUGGGCGAUAUAGUGACUUUGCAAAGCAGUUAAAUUCUUUUGGAAUCAAGGUUUACGGCAUGGACUGGAUUGGUCAUGGUGGAAGUGAUGGACUGCAUGCUUAUGUCCCUUCCCUUGAUGAUGCUGUUGCAGAUAUGAAAGCGUUCCUUGAUACUAUUCUCUCAGAAAACCCUGGUCUUCCUUGCUUUUGUUUUGCUCAUUCCACUGGUGCAGCAAUUGUUCUUAAAGCUGCCCUUGACCCUAAGGUUGAUGCUCAAAUAAAAGGCAUUGUUUUGACAUCACCAGCAGUUGGUGUUAAUCCCUCGCAUCCUAUAUUCAAUGUUAUUGCUCCGAUUGCUUCCUUUUUAUUGCCAAGGUAUCAAUGUCGCGCUGCAAACAAAUCAGGCACCGUAGUUUCUAGAGAUCCGGAGGCACUGCUCGCAAAAUAUUCGGAUCCUCUCGUUUACACAGGUGCAAUUCGUAUCAGAACAGGCUGCGAGAUUCUUCGCAUUUCAUCGUAUUUGCAGAAGAACUUGAUGAGAAUAACAGCUCCGUUUCUUGUACUCCAUGGAUCUGCUGAUGCUGUGACCGACCCUAAAGGUUCCAUGAAACUGUAUGAAGAAGCCUCGUCAAUUGAUAAAUCCAUCAAACUCUAUGAUGGCUUGUUGCAUGACAUUCUUUUCGAACCUGAACGUAAAAUCGUGAUGCAUGAUAUUACUGAAUGGCUAGAUCGACGUAUAGCAGCCUAGAUCGAGAAUUUUCAUGAACGAGACUGAUAAGCGGCAUUCUUUUUGAUAUUGUCGCAAUGACUAUGCCAGUGGACAAUGGACGAUCGACAAUGAAUAAUGCUCAUUCUUUUUGUUCAGAAGCCUGAGAACUUGCGUGUAAUUAUCUUCUGACCAGAUGGUGCAUAUUAGACACUGAUGAAUGAUUUAGUUGAAACUCCAAAUAUUUAUUGUCCACUUUUGAGCAUUCUUGUACAGUAUUUCUGUAUCUUUUCCUUGAAUAUGUAGGCUUGUUGUCGACCAACAACUCAAUUUUGGGUUUAUUUUAUCCGCAACCUUUGUAUCGAAGAUGAGUUUUGAGCCCAUUUCUUCGGGCUCAUACAUUUUAGGCCGGUUUCGUGUUUAUUGUGUUGGUCUGCUUCAACUGUUUGAUGGACAAUUUAUAUCGAUAAUUGAAGGGAAUGUACUGGUUGUUUUAAACAUUUUUGAAUUGUUAAGUUUUUACCUUUCUCUUUAUCAAAUUCCAAAUGGAUUCUCUUUUAUCUCUUAUAGAGAUCUUGUUAUAUACAAACACAAGUGUGUAAUCUAUAAGUGAAUAUAGUUGUAUGAUUUUGGACGAGAAACUUUUGUUGGUUGAGAAAAUGAAACAAAGUUGUCCAAAUUAUUGUGUUAAUUUGU